AUGUUUACCGAAGCAUAUUCAGAACUGUCCACAACCCACUCCAGUGGAGCCCAUGAAGACUGCCUCACUAAAAAAUGGUGGAAAAGGAUACGCAUUUCCCUAAUUGUAAUCUACAGCCUUAUCUCUGUUUUGGGGGUCAUAGGUAAUGGGCUGGUCAUUUUCAUCACGGGUUUACGAAUGAAGAAGAAAUUCACAACUGUCUUCUUUCUCAACUUGGCCAUUGCUGAUUUCAUCACCACCUUCUUCCUGUCACUGUCAGUUGCCAAUCAAGCCCAACACAUCUUUCACAUUAAGUGGUUAUUAGGCCAGGAAAUGUGCAAGUUCCUUGGCACCAUAAAGUCCCUUAACUUCUACUCCAGCAUUUUCUUCCUCAUGGUCAUCAGCAUAGGUCGUUAUGUUUCUGUGAGGUACCCUCUGUGGACAAGGAAUCACCAGACACCCCGGCUGGCUUCUUGGGUGGCUUUGGGUGUAUGGGUCCUGUCUCUGGCCUUGUCUUGUGUAUACCGGCACGAUGUUCUAUCUCUGAUAUUAAAUACACAAUAUCUAAAUCGGAGCAAAUAUUCACAAACUCAAAAGGAUCGCAUCUGCUUUGGCAGUUAUGCCGACACUUAUAGAAGGUUGAAAGGUAUUUCCUAUUCCCUGUUUAUCAGCCACAUCAUCCUUUCCUUCAUCCUCCCUUUUAUUGUCAUGAUUUAUUGCUAUGGGGCAAUCCUCUUGAGGCUCAGGAGGAGCCAGUUUGCUCAGUCGGGAAAGCCCUUCAAAGCCAUCACAGCAGUGACCUUGGCCUUUUUUGUCUGUUGGUUCCCAAUUAACUUGAUUUAUUUCUUUACAAAACCACUGAAACAAAUCUGUGACCUCCACAAGGUCUUCAGGGCUUUUUAUUACCUAAGUGACAUUUUAGCUUACUUCAACAGCUGUCUCAACCCCAUCCUCUAUGUCUUCAUUGGGCGCAAUUACAGGGAGAGUCUGAGAUGUUCUCUCUUCUCAGAGUUGGAGAACGCCUUCCAAGAGGAGAGCAGCCCUGGCAGAACAAAGACUAAGGACAGCUCCUCAGCAAUGACAGAAUCCCAGAACUUAUGA